UUUUGCAUUAAGACCCACACGGGUUCGCAGGAGAAGGUGUUUGUGAACAUCUGCCGGUCGAUGCACAUCCCGCCGCCCCCCGACCUCAGCCGCCAGGAACUGGAGUGUCUGAUCGAGUCGGACAGCGCCUCGUCCUUCCGCAUCCCCAUGAGCCUGGGGGAGCCCCAUGCCGAGCUGGACAACAGUGGGAACGGCUGCACCACCUACGACGUCGUCAUCAACUCCGGCUUCUUCGCCAAACUGGAGGCGGAUCCCUUCUUCAAAGAGUUCUUCAUCACUGUCGCCUUGGAGGGGCUGGCAGACAAGUACAAUAUGGACAUCAAUCACCCAGAAUGGCGAAUGCUGAAGAACCGUAAGUUUAUGGGCUCCGUCUCUGAACAGACCAUCCGCACCAAGUCCAGCCCCGUCAUACAGGAGAUGGAUGUCAGCUCCCCCGUGGUCCCCAAAUUCACCAUCCUGGCGGAGCCGGCGGGGAGGCCCCCCGAGUUCCUGCUGGCUGAGAUCCACCUGCCCAGGGUGGUGAGUUCUGCAGAGGGGAGCUCCUGGCAGCUCCAGCCUGGGUCUGUGGCAGCAGGGAGGUGUGGGCGGCCGUGGGGCAGGUCUCUCUGAAUGAGGGGCACGGUG